GGCCCUGUUGCAACCGCGGACAGACAGAAGCAAGUGGGACCGGUUUGAAGCUAAGCUAAUUCAGUCACAUUACAGCUGGUUAAUUUAGAUAUUUGCAUUGGUUUCACUUGCAGCACACGCGUGGAUCGGUUUUCGAAAAAUACAAGCUACCCGCGAAUGUUUUAGCUUUCAGGCUAACACGCAAAACUAGGCGUAUAUUUUGUUAAACCGCUUCUGUCCUGCUAGCUGAAUUGGCAGCGGGUUAGGCGCCAGUCGUGUUUGACAACAGUGCUAUUCGGUCACGUUCCCGGUGUUGUUGCUCAUAGCUGCCGAGUGAACGCGCUAAUUUCCGUUAGGUGGAAGCGGCAAAAACAAGAAACUAAAAUAAAAGUUUAAACAUGGCAGAAUUCCUGGAAGAUCCGUCGGUUCUCACGAAGGAUAAGCUGAAGAAUGAGCUCGCAGCAAACAAUGUGCCACUUCCCAGCGGAGAGCAUAAAAAAGAAGUGUAUGUGCAGCUGUAUCUGAAAAACUUGACCGUGCUUAACAACAAGAAGAGCCCACCUGCAGACACCUUCUCCAGCGACGAAGAGUUACCUGCCCCCGUGGUGUCCAACAAAAGUCGAUCUGGAAGAAAAGCUACCAAAAAGACAGACAAGCCUCGCACAGAGGAAAUGGAGGUGACAGAUCUCACUGAUGAAGAUUUAAAACAACAGCUGACAAAACAUGGUGUGGACUCGGGGCCCAUUGUUGCCUCCACCCGUAAGCUGUAUGAGAAGAAGCUGCAGAAGCUUUUGGACCAGCCUCCAGCUGAACCUCCUACAGACGUCACAGUUCUCCCCCCCAAGGCAGACAGUAACCAGAAUGGCAACACAAAUUCUGACCAGUACAGUGACAAGGAAGAUGAGGAGAUUGUUGCCCCUGAACCAGAGCCAGUUCCUGUGGUGGAGAAGCCAGUGAGGAGCAGGGGUAAAACCCCAGUUACCGUCAGAACCAGCAGCAGACGACAAACCAAGGUGGUGGAAGAAAUUAUUACUGAAGAAACCCCGAAGAAGGUCAGCGAGAGUGUUGUUGAAGAUAUCCUUGCCAAUGAAAUAAGCACACCAACAGGCAUGAGUGCAACCUGCAGGCGUCCAAUCCGAGGGGCGGCUGGUCGGCCACUAAAACCAAGUGAAUACUGGCUGGAUGAGUCCCGUGUGCAUCACGACGUCCACACUGAGACCCGCUCUUACUCUGAGUCUUUCUCCAGAGUCGGCAACACCGCCUCAAGCAAAGCGCCAGCUCGACGAGGAGGCUUCCUGUCUAUUUUGCUCAAGCUCCUGCUCCUUGUUGUGGUGGCUGGUUCUCUCUACUAUGCCUACCAGAACCUGGACGUCGAUCACAUCAACACCCUCAAAGGCCUCGUGGACACCGUCGUCGUCCCCCUUGAGGGAGCUGUGAACAACGCAGCCACCUACCUGGGCAUCAGCAGCAGCAGUGCUACCGAGAGCACCGGCAAGUAAAGACCCUCGGCAGUCUCUCGCCGUGCCCACGCCACAUCCCUGCCUCAGCACACCACAACUCAAGCAGUAAACUUGGCUCACCUCUUCGUUUUACCUACAUGGUUGGACAAAGGACACAGAUUUAAUUGGAACGAUAAACUGUCUCCUCUCCGGACUCCAGCUUUCCUCUCACCACAAGAGGACAUAGUAGCUUCUGGAUAACGAUGUUUUGCGGCAGUCAGAAGAGACUCAUUUAAAUGUUGAUUUUAAUCUGUGAAUUGUUUGUGUCUGUGUGUAUUUAACCCUCAUAUGUAGAAUCAAGUGCAGAAUUGAGAGGCCAGUUUAUCCGUGCAUGGUUGUAGUUUUUGAAGGUCAUACUGUAGUUUCUAACUCUCUGUGCCAGGUGUUUUUCUGACUGUGAAGUGCCUGGACACUGUUAGCACUUAGUGCCCUCCCAUUUUCAAGCACAAAGCAGUGCUACUACUAAUACCAGAAUGUCUACAUGUUUCUGUAUGACGUUCAAAAUUUGCUCUGUAGUUAUAGGGUUAGAUAGAGUGAUUCAUUAUUUCUAUGGUGCUCAGGUCAAUUUAGAUCAAUCUUUUUAAUGUGGUUUGUGCUGGGAGGAGACACAUGGUGUAAUCUGGUCACGUCGCUGCAUGAGGAAAAUCCGCCCAUGUUCAGGAUGAGGUAUGAAAAGGUUUGUUUUUAUUUUUUGUUUUUCUCAGUGGCUGAGCGCUGUUUGAAUCAUUGUAUUUGGGACUCUAUGAUUAUAACUAAAAUGAUUAUUCUUGCCACUUUGUAUUGUAAUCAUAUUUACUGUACUUAUGGGAUCGUUUAUCAACAUCUUCAUCAAUUUACAAACUAUUCUAAAUGACACUGCUUUUUAGUAUUGAUUAUCUACCAUUUAUUUGACAAUUACUCCUUAAACUGAAAUUGCAGUGUUCGAUCAUAGGUUAUUGAUUUUUCCAGCGCUGCCAGUGUGCCCAUUUGAGUUUACAUGCUUUGGGUUUUAGUGCUCUGUUGUGCUUUUAUUUUUGUUAUGUUUUUGGUUUUUUUUUAAUUAGAUUUCUGAUCCUUCAGUCCUAUAUGCAGGAUUGGCUGUUGCAGUGCACCCACAUAGCCCACCUCAGUGACAGCAUGUGUCCAGACAUGACAGAUCUGCAAAGAAGACACAUGGAGAAAGUUAAUCCUAUUGGGACACUUCUGCCUGUGCAAAUUACCACAAUUAAGACACUGUAGGUUACUCUGAAAAGCGGGGUUGUUUAUCGAGGAGGGAGGAUGCAUUCACUGCAGGUGAUGUGGGUGGGAAGAUUUCGGGGGCAUCUUUAUUUCUAUUUUGAUAUUUUUCUAAAGUGGCGUGUUCAACUUUUUUAUAGCAGAUUUUAAAAGGUAACAUUUAAAAGCAAUAUGUGAUCCAUGCAAUUGAUACUGUAUCUUAAUCUGAACCUUGCUGAUUUAACACAAGUGAUUCAACUCCAGGCAGCUCUCCCACGAUGGACAGAAACGACAGGGGUUAUGUGGGUAAGGAUUUUUAAUCUGUUUAUUUAUGAUAAUGUAGGCAGUGUAUCAUUAAAUAAACUUGGUUGUUACCA